UUCUUCGCCGGGCGGAAGCGUCGGAGCGGAGAGGGAAAACAGCGCUCCUUUCCGGUAUAGGGGUACUGUUGAAGUAGCCACCGAGGAAAGAGGGGUCGUCUGUGAGAAUCGCCUCCACUCGCUUUGUGGAAGUCCCCCAGCAUCCCCUGCGGGGCGCCUCUCGCCAGCCCUCACCCUGGUCUUGGCACGCGCUCACAGCGCCGCCCGCCGCCCUGGAGAGAGGAGCAUAGUGAUGUCCCAUCGUGGCUCUCCUGUGAGGGGAGCUUGAGGCAUCCACCCGUCCGUCUUGGGCCGCUCCUGUAACUCGCCUGUUCUCACCCUUGGCGCGUUUUCCUAUCAAGCUUCCCCAUCAGGUCAGAUCAGGAACCAUAAAGAUCCAGUCCUCUCUUGGGCUCCCUCCGGUCACCACCACCUUGCAGCUACCUCUUCCUCCCCCCGGGGAUGACGCGGCACGGCAAGAACUGCACAGCGGGGGCCGUCUACACCUACCAUGAGAAAAAGAAGGACACAGCGGCCUCAGGCUAUGGCACCCAGAACAUUCGACUGAGCCGGGAUGCCGUCAAGGACUUCGACUGCUGCUGCCUCUCGCUGCAGCCCUGCCACGACCCUGUCGUCACCCCAGAUGGCUACCUAUAUGAGCGGGAAGCAAUCCUGGAGUACAUUUUGCACCAGAAGAAGGAAAUUGCCCGGCAGAUGAAGGCCUACGAGAAGCAGCGGGGCGCCAGGCGAGAGGAGCAGAAGGAGCUGCAGCGGGCAGCGGCGCAGGACCACGUGCGCGGCUUUCUGGAAAAGGAGGCGGCCAUCGUGAGCCGGCCCCUCAACCCCUUCACGCCCAAGGCCGCCUCAGCAGGGAACGGCCCAGACGAUGCCCAACCCGGGUCCAGUGCGGGCCCCGCAGGCAAAGACAAGGACAAAGCGCUGCCCAGUUUCUGGAUCCCGUCGCUGACUCCCGAGGCGAAGGCCACAAAGCUGGAGAAGCCGUCGCGCAUCGUGACCUGCCCCAUGUCCGGGAAGCCGCUGCGCAUGUCCGACUUGACACCGGUGCGCUUCACGCCGCUGGACAGCUCCGUGGACCGCGUGGGGCUCAUCACGCGCAGUGAGCGCUACGUGUGCGCCGUGACCCGCGACAGCCUGAGCAACGCCACGCCGUGCGCCGUGCUGCGGCCCUCUGGGGCGGUGGUCACCCUGGAGUGCGUGGAGAAGCUGAUUCGCAAGGACAUGGUGGACCCGGUGACUGGGGAGAAGCUCACAGACCGCGACAUCAUCGUGCUGCAGCGGGGCGGCACGGGCUUUGCGGGCUCCGGAGUGAAGCUGCAGGCGGAGAAGUCCCGGCCGGUCAUGCAGGCCUGAGCGUGGGAAACCAAAUAAAAGGGGCUUGGACGCGACUGGCCAUGUGGCGCCUUCAUUCACUGCACCGGAGCCCAGGAGCCCGGGAAUGGCGUGCGCUCCGGAAUGACUGUGCUUUGAAAGCGUGGGCUAGGAAUGUUUGGUGUGGUCUCACGUUAAGAGUGAAGUCUGAGUGGAAUGCAAACGCACAGAUGUAAAUGGGUUGAGUGGCCGCAAGUCGGAAUAUGAGCGGCGACCACCGGAGGGCGCCACGUUAACGGGCUAAAUGGAAAUCCGCGCGCAUUCCUUUUGAGUUAAACCAAAUUUGAAGCCUGGGAGCUUCAGCGGCACGUGUCUCCCAUUGCAAAGUGUAAUAAGACACCCAAAGGUAAUGAAGUGCUGUGUCUGUGCGAGAAAGGCAUCCAGUCUAGAGAAGGCUGUGAGGAACACCCCCUCCCCCGCCACCUGAAGGCUGGAGGGUGGAGAGGAAGAGGAAACCGCAAGUGCAAAAGCCCAGAGGCAGCAGGUGGGUGUGAAGAGUGGGAGGAGGUCAGAGCAACCCGGUCUGGUGGACCUGCCUGGAGCUCGGACUCGGCUGGGAGAGCAGGGGGGCCCUUUCAAGCUAUGUUUUUAAUAACCGUUGAGUAAGAGAAACAGACCCUGUGCAGUGUGGAGAACCAGAGCUAAAAGCUGCAAAAUAUGGCAAAGAGUGUAAAAAUAAAGACUGGAAGUCCUGCCUCUCAGAGCGA